GGAAGGUCCUGGGGCGGAAGUGGGGCGGCGGAAGUGAGCUACCUGAGCGACAGUUGCCAUGGAGUCCGCGGAGGACUGGUUGGUGGAAUCCUUGCGCUUAUACCAGGAUUUCCAUGCAUUCGACCUCCCAGGAGCCACUCGAGUCCUUGAAUGGAUUGGUGACACAGGAGUUUUUGUUGCUGGCUAUGAAAAGUUGAAAAGAAAUGAAAUUCUUCACCUGACAUUACCUCCCCGACUUUCUGUAAAAGAAAACCAGGGCUUACUCCCGGAAAGAGAUUUCAAGGUGUGCCACGGAGGAUUUUCAGACAGGGCUAUCUUUGAUCUGAAGCACGUGCCCGACACCAGGUUGUUGGUGACCAGUGGCCUUCCAGGUUGUCACCUGCAGGUGUGGCAGAUCGCAGAGGACAGCGAUGUCAUUGAAGCUGUCAGCACCAUUGCUGUGCCUGAGAAAGAGGGGAGUCUCUGGCCGAGGGUCGCCAUCUGCCCGUCAGAGGCACCUGGAGUCCUCCACGGGGCGCGGCUCAGCGGCCUGGAGGUUGUGGAUCUGGAAUCCCAGAAGGUCAUGUACACCUCAGGCGUCAGUGACAGUGAGGAGCUGAGUAGCCUGCAGGUCCUGGACGCAGACACCUUUGCCUUCUGCUGCACCUCGGGCCGGCUCGGGCUCGUUGACACCCGCCAGAAGUGGGCGCCGGCAGAGAAUGCCAGCCCCAGCCCCCGGCCCAGUGGAGGGAGGUGGUGUUCAGACGUCAGAGCCAAGGGCCAGGGCCCUGGGCCCAGCAUUGCCAGCCUGUGCUCAGAUGGGCAGCUCUGUCUUCUUGACCCUCGGGAUCUCUGCCAUCCGGUGCGCUCAGUGCAGUGCCCAGUGUCCACGCCCAGCCCGGACCCAGAGCUGCUGCGAGUGACCUGGGCUCCAGGCCUGGACAACUGCUUGGCCAUUUCAGGUUUUGAUGGGACAGUCCACAUCUAUGACGUCACGUCUCGGGGUGGAACGGAGGGCCCCGCAGAGCCUCUCUUCACUCACAGAGGUCACCUCUUCCUGGAGGACCAGGGGACAGGCGCUGCGCCGCUGGUCACCACCCACACCUGGCACCCCCGCAAGCCACGGACUCUGUUGUCGGCAGCAAGCGACGCCUCCGUGCAAGUGUGGGAAUGGGUGGACCCCCGGGCCUCCCGCUGACACCAGCGCCUUCCUGCCAGGCCCCUGCUGUAGGUACAACAAGGGGACUGACUUAGGACUCACGUGACCACAAUCCCCGUUACCAGCGGAAUAGCCUUGGGCCAGUUAAGCAGCCUCUCUCGGCCUCAGGGUCUUUAUUGGAAAAAUGAGAUAGUGCUAACUACCUCGCAGGGCGGUUGGGGAAGUUAGAAGAAAUAUAUGGGAAAAUGCCAGGUAGGAAGCACGAUAAGAGAUUUGGUGGCUACUCUUAGAUCAGACAGUUGUGGGCGACAGGAUCCUGCUGCUUCCAGCAGAUGUCAAUCCCUCAGGUUUUUUGGAUUUUUUAAAAUAUAUUUUAUUGAUUUUUUACAGAGAGGAAGAGGGAGGGAUAGAGAGUUAGAAACAUCGAUGAGAGAGAAUCGUCGAUCAG